AUGCUCGCAGACAGAGGGAAAUUGUUCGCAGUUAUAAUUUAUGCAUACCUACUUACAUUUCUUUCUUUCUCUUUCUUUUUCAUUCUUUCUUCUUUUUCCUUUAUUUCUUUCUUUGUUUUUUAUUUUCUUUCAUUCUUUGUUUUUUUCAUUCUUUGUCUUUUUCUUUCUUUCGUUUCCUUUAUUUCUUUCUUUGUCUUUCUUUCGUUAUUUCUUUCUUUGCUUUUUAUUUUUCUUUCGUUCGUUCAUUCAUACAUUCUUUAUUUAUUUUAUUCCUUUCUUUCUUUAUUUGUCUGCUUUCUUUUCUUUCUUUCUUUCUUUCUUUGUUUUUUAUCUUUCUUUCUUUCCUUUCUUCUUUCAUUGAUACUUUCUUUCUUUUAUUCUUUCUUUUUUCUUUCUUUUUCUUUAUUUCUUUUCCUUUAUUUCUUUCUUUGUCUUUCUUUCGUUAUUUAUUUCUUUGCUUUUUAUUUUUCUUUCAUUCAUUCAUCCAUUCUUUAUUUAUUUUCUUUCUUUCUUUCUUUAUAUGUCUUUUUUCUUUUCUUUCUUUCUUUCUUUCUUUCUUUCUUUCUUUCUUUCUUUCUUUGUUUUUUAUCUUUCUUUCUUUCUUUUCUUCUUUCAUUGAUUCUUUCUUUCUUUUAUUCUUUAUUUCUUUUCCUUUAUUUCUUUCUUUGUCUUUCUUUCGUUAUUUCUUUCUUUAUGUCUUUCUUUGCUUUUUAUUUUUCUUUCGUUCAUUCAUUCAUUCUUUAUUUAUUUUCUUUCUUUCUUUCUUUAUUUGUCUUUUUUCUUUUCUUUCUUUCUUUCUUUCUUUCUUUCUUCCUUUCUUUCUUUGUUUUUUAUCUUUCUUUCUUUUCUUUCAUUGAUACUUUCUUCCAUUUACUCUUUCUUUUUUAUUUCUUUCUUUUUCUUUCCUUCCUUUACCUUUAUUUCUUUCUUUUUCUUUCUUUCGUUAUUUUUUUCUUUGCUUUUUAUUUUUCAUUCAUUCAUUCAUUCAUUCAUUCAUUUUUUAAUUAUUUUCUUCCUUUCUUUCUUUAUAUGUCUUUUUUCUUUUCUUUCUUUCUUUUCUUCUUUCUUUCUUUUACUUUAUUUCUUUUUUGUCUUUCUUUCGUUAUUUCUUUCUUUAUUUAUUUCUUUGCUUUUUAUUUUUCUUUCGUUCAUUCAUUCAUUCUUUAUUUAUUUUCUUUCUUUCUUUCUUUCUUUGUUUUUUAUCUUUCUUUCUUUUCUUCUUUCAUUGAUACUUUCUUUCUUUUAUUCUUUCUUUCUUUUUUCAUUCUUUCUUUCUUUUUCUUUAUUUCUUUUCCUUUAUUUCUUUCUUUUGUCUUUCUUUCGUUAUUUCUUUUUUUUCUUUUGCUUUUUUAUUUUUUCAUUCAUUCAUUCAUUCAUUCAUUCUUUAUUUAUUUUCUUCCUUUCUUUAUAUGUCUUUUUCUUUUCUUUUCUUUUCUUUCUUUCUUUCUUUUUUAUCUUUCUUUCUUUUCUUCUUUCAUUGAUUCUUUCUUUCUUUUAUUCUUUCUUUCUUUUCCUUUAUUUCUUUCUUUGUCUUUCUUUCGUUAUUUCUUUCUUUGCUUUUUAUUUUUCAUUCAUUUAUUCAUGCAUCCAUUCUUUAUUUAUUUUCUUCCUUUCUUACUUUAUAUGUCUUUUUUCUUUCUUUUUUAUCUUUCUUUCUUUCGUUUCUUCUGUCUUUCUUUCUUUUCCUUUAUUUCUUUCUUUGUCUUUCUUUCGUUAUUUCUUUCUUUAUUUCUUUCUUUGCUUUUUAUUUUUCUUUCGUUCAUUCAUUCAUUCUUUAUUUAUUUUCUUUCUUUCUUUCUUUGUUUUUUAUCUUUCUUUCUUUCUUCUUUCAUUGAUACUUUCUUUCUUUUAUUCUUUCUUUCUUUUUUCAUUCUUUCUUUCUUUUUCUUUAUUUCUUUUCCUUUAUUUCUUUCUUUGUCUUUCUUUCGUUAUUUCUUUCUUUCUUUGCUUUUUAUUUUUCAUUCAUUCAUUCAUUCAUUCAUUCUUUAUUUAUUUUCUUCCUUUCUUUAUAUGUCUUUUUCUUUUCUUUUCUUUUCUUUCUUUCUUUCUUUCUUUGUUUUUUAUCUUUCUUUCUUUUCUUCUUUCAUUGAUUCUUUCUUUCUUUUAUUCUUUCUUUCUUUUCCUUUAUUUCUUUCUUUGUCUUUCUUUCGUUAUUUCUUUCUUUGCUUUUUAUUUUUCAUUCAUUUAUUCAUGCAUCCAUUCUUUAUUUAUUUUCUUCCUUUCUUACUUUAUAUGUCUUUUUUCUUUCUUUCUUUCUUUCUUUUUUAUCUUUCUUUCUUUCUUUUCUUCUGUCUUUCUUUCUUUUCCUUUAUUUCUUUCUUUGUCUUUCUUUCGUUAUUUCUUUCUUUAUUUCUUUCUUUGCUUUUUAUUUUUCUUUCGUUCAUUCAUUCAUUCUUUAUUUAUUUUCUUUCUUUCUUUCUUUGUUUUUUAUCUUUUUUUUCUUUUCUUCUUUCAUUGAUACUUUCUUUUCUUUUAUUCUUUCUUUCUUUUUCAUUCUUUCUUUCUUUUUUCUUUUUUUCUUUUCCUUUAUUUCUUUCUUUUGUCUUUCUUUCUGUUAUUUCUUUUUCUUUCUUUUGCUUUUUUUUUUCAUUCAUUCAUUCAUUCAUUCAUUCUUUAUUUAUUUUCUUCCUUUCUUUAUAUGUCUUUUCUUUUCUUUUCUUUUCUUUCUUUCUUUCUUUCUUUGUUUUUUAUCUUUCUUUCUUUUCCUUUAUUUCUUUCUUUGUCUUUCUUUCGUUAUUUCUUUCGUUGCUUUUUAUUUUUCAUUCAUUUAUUCAUGCAUCCAUUCUUUAUUUAUUUUCUUCCUUUCUUACUUUAUAUGUCUUUUUUCUUUCUUUCUUUCUUUCUUUCUUUUUUAUCUUUCUUUCUUUCUUUUCUUCUGUCUUUCUUUCUUUUCCUUUAUUUCUUUCUUUGUCUUUCUUUCGUUAUUUCUUUCUUUAUUUCUUUCUUUGCUUUUUAUUUUUCUUUCAUUCAUUCAUUCAUUCAUUAUUUAUUUUCUCCCUUUCUUUCUUUAUUUGUCCUUUUUCUUUUCUUUCUUUUUUCUUUCUUUCUUUCUUUCUUUCUUUGUUUUUUAUCUUUCUUUCUUUCUUUUCUUUUUUCAUUGAUUCUUUCUUUCUUUUAUUCUUUCUUUCAUUUUUCUUUCUUUCUUUUCCUUUAUUUCUUUCUUUGUCUUUCUUACUUUCUUUGUUUUAUAAAUUUCUUUCAUUCAUUCAUUCAUUUUUCAUUCUUUCUUUCUUUCUUUCUUUCCACCCAUACGCAAAGUAUGAGCUUCUUUUCAUUCAGGUCGUACUUUGCCUGAUGUUGCAGCCUUGUCUGUCCAGCUUCUUUUUUGCGUAUUACGUACGAGUACAAAGUUUUUCAUCUGCAGAAACCAUUUUGUUCAGCCAAUCAAAACAGCGCCUCUUUAAAACUUGUAUCCUGCAUGCGUCCAUGCGGCGCCGACGGUCAAAGUCGGUCAGUUUAGGCUGGACCCAUAUGUCCAAUUUACUAACUUUGCUCCAAAAUCUGGCGCGAAAAAUAUUAAUUCUAUCUAUCUAUCUAUCUAUCUAUCUAUCUAUCUAUCUAUCUAUCUAUCUAUCUCAAUGCAUUCAUUAUCUAUCUAUCUAUCUAUCUAUCUAUCUAUCUAUCUAUCUAUCUAUCUAUCUCUGA